AAAGGCUGUAUUCCAUUUCUGCCCUUGGAUUUGGUCCUCAAAAUCCCCCUCUUCUCCAUCUUCCCCAUUCUCCAUCGAACACAUUUUCUUUUCUUCCAUCUCUCUCUCUCUCUCUCUUUUUUUUUCACUGAUUCUUCUGCCACUUUACUUGCUUCUCUUUUUCUCUCGAACAACGAGAUUUUUGUUUUGAGUUUGUGUGUGUGUGUGUGUUUGAGAGAGAGAGUUUGGGUUUUGGUGUGGUUAUGGAGGUGAACAAAUUUCUGAUCGGUGGAUAUUUCGAUGGUGGAGUGGGAGAGUUUUCGCCGGAGAUGACGAAGGCUGCGGAUCAUUUCACCAUUGAUGACCUACUUGACUUUUCUAAUGAAGAUACGAUUAUGACAGACGGUCUCUUCGAUAAUAUGGCGGGAAGUUCGACGGAUUCCUCAACCAUUACUGCAGUUGAUAGCUGUAAUUCAUCUGUCUCUGGUGGUGAUCAUCAUCAUUUCCAUGGAAAUAUCGGCUCUCGGAGUUUCGACGAGUCACAAUUCUCCGGAGACCUUUGCGUUCCGUGCGAUGAUUUAGCGGAACUCGAAUGGCUCUCGAACUUCGUUGAAGAUUCAUUCUCCACGGAAGGGAAAGAUCUUCAAGUGCUUAAUUACCUCUCUAAUAGUCAUUCAACUUCCAAACCUCAAACUCCAGAAACUUCAUCUUCCUCGGCAUUACCGGCUUCCUUAUCAAUUCCCUCCAAUUCCUCGAAUAAUUCGCCGCGUUUCCCAGCCGAAACGCCGCUCCCUUGCAAGGCUCGAAGCAAGCGAUCGCGAACCGCUCCUUGUGACUGGACCACACGCCUCCUCCAUCUCCUCUCUCCAGCCGAUCCUAAACCGCCGAAAUCAUCUUCGUCGAAGAAGAAAGAUGCUUCUAACGGAGAUUCCUCCGGCCGGAAAUGCCUGCAUUGUCAGGCGGAGAAGACUCCUCAAUGGCGGACUGGACCCAUGGGCCCUAAAACACUGUGCAACGCUUGUGGCGUCCGGUACAAGUCCGGACGGUUAGUCCCGGAGUAUCGACCGGCAGCGAGUCCGACGUUCAUAUCGGCUAAACACUCGAAUUCUCACCGGAAAGUUCUGGAGCUGAGAAGGCAGAAGGAGCUUCAUAUUGCGCAACAGCAACAGUUCGUAAAUCAGGGUGCAAUUUUCGGAGUAACGAACGGUUGUGAUGAGUACCUGAUUUCUCAUCACAUGGGCCCCAGUGUUAGGCACAUGAUCUAGUUAAGGCUAGUGUAGCAAUCUUACCGUGGACUUCAUAAUUUCGCAAUCACACCUUCUUCUUCUUCUUCUUCUUCUUCUUCUUCUUCUUUUCCUUUCCUUCCACAGUCCAUUUUGGUCGUAUCAUAUAAACAAAAACAGAGGAGCUCCCAAUUUUUAUUUAUAUCACAAUUUUUAAUUUUCAGCGUCAAA